GGCUCCGUGGUGAAAAAGGCCUACCUGAUCGCGUACAACGCCGCGUCGGCCGUGGCCUGGGCGGCGGUCCUGGGGCGCGUCGCCGUGGUGCUGGCAUGGAGGGGUGCGCCGUUUGUGCCGCUGGUCGUCGACAACUUUGCGCGCAUCACGCAGACGUUUGCCGUCAUGGAGAUCUUGCACGCUAUUACCGGCGUCGUCCCCGCGCAGAUCUUCACGACGCUGCUGCAGGUGGCCAGCCGGCUGAUCCUGGUGUGGGGCAUCGCGCUGCCGUUCCCCGAGCUGAGCACGAGCCCGUGGUACUCGUCGAUGCUGCUGGCGUGGAGCACGACCGAGGUGGUGCGGUACUCGUACUUUGUCUUCAAACAGGUCGACGCGGUGCCGUCAUGGCUUAACUGGAUGCGCUACAGCGGCUUCCUCGUGCUCUACCCCGUCGGCAUCAGCAGUGAGGUAGCCAUGAUGCUCAAGGCCGUCGCGGGCCCCGCUGCGAGCCUGUCCGAGUGGUAUCCCCUGGCGCUGGUCGCCGUCCUGUUGGCGUACAUCCCAUCAUCUUUUGUUCUUUACACUCACAUGCUGAAGCAGCGCCGGAAGAACGUAGGGGGUGGCGCA